AGGCACCCAUAUUUUUCAAUUUUUCGAAAAUAUGUACUUUUCAUUCAUAAUUUCAGCAUUGAAAUUCGGUGUAUUCUAAAAAGACGUAAGCACCAAAUGACGUCAUACAUACGGUGGAAUGGCGAUAAAACCUUUGCUUCGCCGUCACCCGUAAAAAAAUGGUAGAUGUCAAUUGCAUUGUCAGUUUGACAAACUUGCUUGUAGGCGGUUCGCGUAUAAACUUGUGGUGUUGGUUUUCAAUUGAGUUCAUAACACAAUUUUUAUUCUCAUUCUGUUUUUAUUAAAUCGCCAUGAAGGUUUCGGAAGGAUUUGUAGUGGCCGAUAGCAGAAACUUGCCGAAAGUGGACUAUUUAAUGCUAUUGCAAUAUAUGCACGAAAAUGAAUGCUACAAUAUUGCAGAAACACGUAGUGCCAAGGCAUUACUAGCAUCACGUGAAGCAUAUGUUGACACAGCUGUAGGAUAUGUAGAAGUCAAGCGAGAAGGUAACUCAUGCACCGUUAAAUGCAGGGUAACACCCGAACAUAGAGUGAAAUAUAAGUUAUAUCAAGUUACAGCUGUAAUCGAUGAAUCUGUUGAGAAGAUUAUCACAGUUCAAUGCAACGACUGUGCAGCUUCUGCAGGAGGCUGCAAACACGCCAUAUGCUUUGCAAUUUGGCUCAUAAAACGGUCAGACGAACCAUCAACUACGUCAACUACGUGUUAUUGGAGUAAACCAAAACUUGCUGGAGCUGUAGGUGACCAGAAAUUCAUCUUAGCAAAAAACAUUGGCAAAAUGAAAAGAGCUCCAGAUAAUGUUGACAUGACUGUAAAUAUCGCUAUGUUUUCCGAAGAAUGCAAGAGACGUAAAGUCACAACGGGAUUGAUUUUAAAUUACUGUGGAAAUCAACAGCCCCAGUUGAGCGACUUUAGUGUUUUUAAUGUAGUGCUGCAUUUUAUACACCAAGCAGAUGAUCACUGCUAUGACAAUUUUAAAUCAUUUUCUGCAACAACUAUUACCGAAGAUGUAGUAGAAUCUAUUGCUGAAGCUACAAAAGCUCAGGCAAACUCUACACUAUGGCAUUCUAUGCGUCAAGGGAGAGUCACAGGGUCCAGGAUCUAUGAAGCCAUUCACUGUAAAACAGAGAAUGGUGCCUUAGUACAAAGCAUUCUUGGAGGUUACAAGGUGCCAGAAACAAAGGCUAUUAAAAGGGGCAAAACUUUAGAAAAAGAAGUACUCAAGGAGUUAGAACAGGAAUUAGGAGCAAUUCAACACACAGGGUUGAUUUUAAUAUCCCCUAUCAUAGGGGUUUCACCCGAUGGAAUUUGUAAAGACUUUGUGAUUGAAAUAAAAUGCUCCAUAAGUGAUAAGACAAUGAAAAGUUAUGUGAGAGACGGUGAACUAUAUGAAAAAUAUAAAGCUCAGAUAAUGUUACAGAUGCAUGCAGCAAAAAAAUUAAAAGGACUGUUUUGUAUUGCGGAUCCUAGUUUUGAACAGACAAAACUCCUACAUAAGUACUGGGUUGACUAUGAUGAAAAACAUGUGACAUAUUUAUUAGGUGCAGCUGAAGAAUUUUGGAAACAAUUUAUUUUUAAUUCUGUUUUACAAAGUGCAAAAUAAAACCAAUUUACAUAG